AUGGCUAAGGUUAAGCUCAUUUUCACCAUUGCUAUGGUCACUGCACUGUUAGCGUUAGCUUAUGGGACCAUUUCCACUGAGGGAAGGGCGUUGCAGACUCAAGAUAACAGUGUGACGACCGAAAAGUUCAACUCAGUGGAUACGCAUAUUGACGCUUUACCACCCGCAGCUUCAGGCCCCUGUCCCGGCAUUGGUAAUUCUAUUGGCCUUACCCGCAAGCCUAAUGUGGUUGCUGAUGCUUUUCUACCCACAACUCCAGGCCACAGUUCCGGCGUUGGUAAUUCUAUUGGCCUUAACCGCAAGCCUAAUGUGGUUGUUGAUGCUUUUCGACCCACAACUCCAGGCCAUAGUCCCGGCGCUGGUCAUUAA